CACUGCAGGAGGACCAUGGUGAAGCUGAUUCACACACUGGCAGAUCACAGUGAUGAUGUCAGCUGCUGCGCCUUCUCAUCAUCCCUCUUGGCUACCUGCUCCUUGGACAAAACCAUCCGCCUGUACUCCCUAAGUGACUUCAUUGAACUGCCACAUUCCCCAUUGAAGUUUCACACUUAUGCUGUCCACUGCUGCUGUUUCUCACCCUCGGGACACAUUUUGGCAUCAUGUUCAACAGACGGUACCACGGUGCUGUGGAGUGCACACAGCGGACAGCCCCUGAUGGUGAUGGAGCAGCCAGGUGGCAGCCCUGUGCGUGUUUGCUGCUACUCCCCAGAUCCCACUUACCUGGCCUCAGGGGCAGCUGAUGGAUCUGUUGUUUUGUGGAAUGCACAAUCAUACAAAUUAUAUAGGUGUGGUACUGUCAAGGAUGGCUCCUUGGUGGCCUGUGCAUUCUCUCCUGAAGGAAACCUCCUUGUCACUGGCUCCUCUAGUGGAGAUUUAACAGUGUGGGAUGAUCGAAUGAGGUUUCUGCACACUGAGAAAGCUCAUGACCUUGGAAUCACCUGCUGUGCCUUUUCCCCACAGCCCCUUUCUGGUGGAGAACAAGGCCUUCAGUUUUACCGACUGGCAUCGUGUGGUCAGGACUAUGAAAUCAAACUCUGGGUUGUUUCUUUUACCCGUGUCUUAGGCCUUGAAUUAAAAUAUAAAAGUACACUACGUGGGCACUGCGCCCCUGUUCUGACGUGUGCUUUCUCCCACGAUGGACAGAUGCUUGUGUCAGGGUCAGUGGAUAAGUCUGUCAUCGUAUAUGAUAUGGGUACUCACAGUGUGCUUCACACAUUGACUCAGCAUACCAGGUAUGUCACAACUUGUGCCUUUGCACCCAACACCCUUUUACUUGCUACUGGUUCAAUGGACAAGACAGUGAACAUCUGGCAGUUUGACCUGGAAACACCUUGCCAAGCAGGAAGCAUGAACGAUCAGCUGAAGCAGUUGAUUGAAGACUGGUCAGAGGAGGACGUCUCUACGUGGCUUCGAGAUCAAGGUUUGGAAGACCUUAUCGGUAUUUUCCAGAUGAACAACAUUGAUGGAAAAGAACUAUUGCAUCUCACAAAAGAAAGUCUGGCUGGUGAUUUGAAAAUUGAAUCCCUAGGGCUGCGCAGCAAAGUGCUGAGGAGCAUCGAAGAACUCAGGACCAGGGAGGACUCCCUCUCUUCCGGGAUCCCCGAUGAGUUUAUCUGUCCAAUAACAAGAGAGCUUAUGAAGGACCCCGUCAUCGCAUCAGAUGGCUAUUCCUAUGAGAGGGAAGCAAUGGAAAAUUGGAUCCACAAAAAGAAACGCACAAGUCCCAUGACAAACUUGGUUCUUCCUUCAUUGAUAUUGACACCAAACAGGACUCUGAAAAUGGCCAUCAAUCGAUGGCAAGAGAUACAUCAGAAAUGAAUUUUUCAUAUGGUAUCGGGUACAUUUUUCAGUGAUCUCAUUCAGUGCUAACUAGACAUUCCAAAAGCAAAAUAGAAAGAAAAGAUAUGUUAAAGUUUACUUUAAAAACCGCCAAUUAUUAUUCUUACAGUACAGAAUUAUACAUCUAAUGUCAUUGCUGUGUCUAUAAAAGUGAAAAUAUUUUUGCACUAAUAGGAAAAUGUGUAGAAAUAAAACUUUACUGUGACUUUACAUUGCAAUGCCUAAAUAUGUUAUUAGGUGUAGGCCACAUCCAAUAGUAGCUAUACCCUAUAGUCAUCUAGAUUCUAUGGAUGUUUCCAUCUUGAGUAACAGCUAUUCAGUUGUUUUCAGUGACCUUCAUAAUAGAAUUUUCAUAAUAUAAUUGUAAAUUGUUUAAUAAAUUGG